CCCUCCCCUUUUUUUCCGCCUUCUGCCAGCAGUAGCUGCAGCCGCAGCACCUGAGCCGCUGCUGUCGCUCGCUCGGAACAACACUAUGGCUGAGCCUGGCCACAGCCUCCAUCCCUCUGCCAGAGGCAGGGGAAGAACUGAGCCGCGCACACUCCGGCUUCUGCGGCUGCUACUCUGGGUUGGGACCGCCUUCCAGGUGACUCAGGGAGCGGGACCGGAGCUUCACUCCUGCAAAGAGUCUGAGUACCACUAUGAGUACACCGCGUGUGACAGCACAGGUUCCAGGUGGAGGGUCGCCGUGCCGCACACCCCAGGCUUGUGUACCAGCCUCCCUGACCCCGUCAAGGGCACCGAGUGCUCCUUCUCUUGCAAAGCCGGGGAGUUUCUGGACAUGAAGGACCAGUCGUGUAAGCCGUGUGCUGAGGGCCGCUACUCCCUUGGCACAGGCAUCCGGUUCGAUGAGUGGGAUGAACUGCCCCAUGGCUUUGCCAGCCUGUCAACCAACAUGGAGAUUGAGGACAGCACCUUGGAGUCCACCGAAAACUGUACUUCGUCCAAGUGGGUUCCACUGGGAGACUAUAUCGCCUCCAACACAGACGAGUGCACGGCCACGCUGAUGUAUGCCGUCAACCUGAAGCAGUCUGGCACUGUUAACUUUGAAUACUACUACCCAGACUCCAGCAUCAUCUUCGAGUUUUUUGUUCAGAAUGACCAGUGCCAGCCCAAUGCAGAUGACUCGAGGUGGAUGAAAACCACAGAGAAAGGAUGGGAAUUUCACAGUGUCGAGCUAAAUCGAGGCAACAACGUCCUCUACUGGAGAACCACAGCCUUCUCAGUGUGGUCCAAAGUCUCCAAGCCCGUGCUGGUGAGAAACAUUGCCAUAACAGGGGUGGCCUACACUUCAGAAUGCUUCCCCUGCAAACCUGGCACGUACGCAGACCAGCAGGGCUCCUCUUCCUGCAAACUAUGCCCAGCCAAUUUUUAUUCCAAUAAGGGAGAAACUUCCUGCCACCAGUGUGACCCUGACAAAUAUUCAGAGAAAGGAUCCUCCACCUGCAAAGCACGGCCAGCCUGCACAGAUAAAGAUUACUUCUACACUCACACGGCCUGUGAUGCCAAUGGAGAGACGCAGCUCAUGUACAAAUGGGCCCAGCCGAAAAUCUGCGGCGAGGAUCUGGAGGGCGCAGUGAAGCUGCCCGCCUCUGGCAUGAAGACGAGCUGCCCACCCUGCAACCCAGGCUUCUUCAAGAGCAACAGUAGCACCUGCGAGCCCUGUCCUUAUGGCUCUUACUCCAACGGCUCCGAUUGUAGCCACUGCCCAGCAGGGACCGAACCUGCCGUGGGAUUUGAAUACAAAUGGUGGAACACGCUGCCCACGAACAUGGAGACGACCGUCCUCAGCGGGAUCAACUUUGAGUACAAGGGCAUGACAGGCUGGGAGGUGGCCGGUGAUCACAUUUAUUCAGCUGUUGGAGCUUCAGACAAUGACUUCAUGAUUCUCACCCUGGUCGUGCCAGGAUUCAGACCUCCACAGUCAGUGAUGGCAGACACAGAGAACAAAGAGGUGGCCAGGAUCACGUUUGUCUUUGAGACCAUCUGUUCUGUGAACUGCGAGCUCUACUUCAUGGUGGGUGUGAAUUCUAGGACCAACAGUCCCGUGGAGACGUGGAAAGGUUCUAAAGGCAAACAGUCCUAUACCUACAUCAUCGAGGAGAACGCUACCAUGAGCUUCACCUGGGCCUUCCAGAGGACAACUUUCCAUGAGACAGGAAGAAAGUAUACCAGUGAUGUCGCCAAGAUCUACUCCAUCAACGUCACCAAUGUCAUGGACGGGGUGGCUUCCUACUGCCGUCCAUGUGCCCUGGAAGCCUCUGACAUGGGCUCCUCCUGCACCUCUUGUCCUGCUGGCUACUAUAUUGAUCGGGAUUCAGGAACCUGCCACUCCUGUCCUCCUAACACGAUCCUGAAAGCCCACCAGCCUUAUGGUGCCCAGGCCUGCAUGCCCUGUGGUCCAGGGACCAGGAGCAACAAGAUACACUCCCUGUGCUACAGCGACUGUACCUUCUCAGUCAGCAGUCCGACCAGGACUUUCGAGUACAACUUCUCGGCUUUGGAAAAGACCAUCUCUCUGGCUGGAGGGCCAAGCUUCACUUCCAAAGGACUGAAAUACUUUCACCACUUUACCCUCAGUCUCUGCGGAAAUCAGGGUAAGAAAAUGUCCGUGUGCACUGACAAUGUCACCGACCUCCGGAUCCCCGAGGGUGAGUCCGGUUUCUCCAAACCCAUCACAGCCUACGUGUGCCAGGCGGUCAUCAUUCCCCCAGAGGUGACAGGCUACAAGGCCGGGGUGUCCUCGCAGCCUGUCAGCCUCGCAGACCGGCUUAUCGGGGUGACAACAGAUAUGACUCUGGAUGGCAUCACCUCCCCAGCUGAACUUUUCCACCCGGAGUCCCUGGGAAUACCGGACGUGAUCUUCUUUUAUAGGUCCAAUGAUGUGACCCAGUCUUGCAGCUCUGGGAGGUCAACCACCAUCCGAGUCAGAUGCAGCCCACUCAAGCCUGCUCCUGGAAGUCUGUCACUGCCAAGCAAGUGCUCCGAUGGGACCUGUGAUGGCUGUAACUUCCACUUCCUGUGGGAGAGCGUGGCCGCUUGCCCCCUCUGCUCAACUGCCGACUACCAUGCUAUCGUCAGCAGCUGCGUGGCUGGCAUCCAGAAGACUACUUACGUGUGGCGAGAACCAAAGCUGUGCUCCGGUGGCAUCUCCCUGCCUGAGCAGAGAGUCACCAUCUGCAAAACGAUAGACUUCUGGCUGAAAGUGGGCAUCUCCGCAGGCACCUGCACCGCCAUCCUGCUCACCGUCUUGACCUGUUACUUUUGGAAAAAGAAUCAAAAGCUAGAGUACAAGUAUUCCAAGCUGGUGAUGAACGCUACCCUCAAGGACUGUGACCUGCCAGCCGCUGACAGCUGUGCCAUCAUGGAAGGCGAGGACGUGGAGGAUGACCUCAUCUUUACCAGCAAAAAGUCACUCUUUGGGAAGAUCAAAUCAUUUACCUCCAAGAGGACUCCUGAUGGGUUUGACUCAGUGCCACUGAAGACAUCCUCAGGAGGCCCAGACAUGGACCUGUGAGGGACACUGCCCUGCCUCACCUGCCUCCUCACCUGGGCACGUCACCUUGCAAGCCUGUGGCAACGUGGGUGCCACCCUCCUGCAGCACCCACUGCUGGAAAUCUCUUCGUCGUGGCCUUAUCAGAAGAAGUUUGAAUUCCUGAUCUUUGUUUUCUUUUUAUAGAGUAUCCAAACCUUCCUUUCUGCUUGCCUCAAACCUGCCAAAUAUACCCACACCUUGUUUAUAUAUUACUCCCUUGCUUGCAUCUUGUUUCCCAAAAUGGACCAGCUGCCAGAGCCAUAGCUUCAUCUGCUCAUAUUUCUUAUUGCUCUGGGACAAAAGUAUUCCUCUCUUUUUAAGUAUAGAAAUGGCUCCCGCUGUCCUCUUAUUUCAGGGCAGAAGCAGCCAGGAGUUUCUCCUGAUCAUUGCCCUCAGCUCAUGAUCUCUUUGGGAGAGAGGCUGGGUGAGGAGGGUAUUGGCAUCCCCUGAUGGACCAUCCAUCUUCCUGGUUGCCUGGAUUCAUCUCUCCUGGAUAACUGGCUCCAACUGGUAUAAUGGACAGGCUGGGGGCCAGAUGAGUAAGCCCUGGGUAAGAAAAGGCCUGAUAAGCACAAAGAGGCAAUAAAGGAAGGUUUUAUUUUGUUUUUUUAAACUGGGUACUUCAUUCCCUUUUCUUGAGUAAGCUCUAACUGUUCUCACUGGAGCCAAAGGAAAAAGUUUGUCGAGAAAAUGCCCAAAGCCCUGAUGGAUCUCUUCUCCCCCUAGCAUCGCCUUUUGGUUUUUCGUAUUUUAAACCUCCCACCGUCUCCCUAUGACACUAAAGGGAACCAGGUAAGCCCCAACCUCAGAUGUUCUAGCUUUAUUCUCUAUUUGCUUUUACCCAAAAAUGACAACAUUGCCAGCGGGGAAAAUUCCUCAUCCUUGAGCACCCCAUACCUAAAGGCUUGGACCAUAUAAGGGAACACACAUAUUAUAUUUUGGAAGAACACAAGCAGGUCAAGGUUUUAAUGGGGCCACACUGGAAAACCAGCCCACAACGGGCUGGACCUGGGGCGGUCAUGGUGCCUGCUUCUAAGCUUAGUUCAUCUGCUCGGCCACAGAACAAACAACCUGUAGGCUGGCCAAGAAGGCAUGGACUUCUAGCCCGUGCCCCAGCAGUAAGUAAAUCCAGAUCAGUUUUCAGGGAGGAAACGCUGGGGGAGUUAGACAAGGUGUUCGCCAAACUGGGAACCCUCGCACUCUCAAGCCCCUGUCUUUCCUGCUUGUGUUCUCCUUUGCUUUGUGUGCUAUAAAAUGAAAAUGACUUCUGGCUCCACCUUCUGCUAGCAUCGUUCUUACAGGUGAGUAAAGUGAAUGGCCUCUUUGCCCCUUUUCUCGACUUUCACAACAAGUGUAAGUGAUGAACUUUAACUAGAAUGGUAAAACCAGAGCAAGAGUUUCAGUUCUCUUUUUCUUUCGACCAAUGGCAAUUCUCCUCCCCUCACUAUUUGGCUAGAAUGACGUCCUGGUUCAAGGGCCCAGUUGCCCAUGGUUUGUGCCUGUCUUCAAAUGGCCAUUUGGUGACCAGCUUGGAGAUGACACUUGUAAAUGGUUUGUCUGCUGCACAAUGACCCGCCCCUGCUGCCCUGGCAAUGGUCUUAUAGAAGGGUCUGUGAGAACUGGAACCCUGCUAUGACUUCUGGCCAGAAACAGCAUCACCGAAUGCAGGCAGUCCCUUUGAUUCAAUAAAUCUAGAAGCUUUUCUUUGGUAUCUAAUUUCUUCCUCCUCCUGUGGGACUCAGGCUCUCAGAACCUGUGGCCAUGGUGGAAUUUCUCUCAAUGGAGGCAGAUAGUCAGCUUCUGCGUGCCAGCCGAAAGUUUUCCAGAGUCUCAACAAUGCCCCGGGCAUCUGCUUUUCCACCAAAUAACUUUAUUUUGUGACAAAGGCCACAGAAGGUACACAGACUGUGCUAGAAUCAAUCAGAAAAAAAUACCUACCCCAUUGAUUUCCUUAUUCUGACAUCUUGAAACCGAGUGAUCCUAGAGCAACCUCAAACUCCACUGGCUUAAUCAUAAUACUUCAAAAAUCUCCUUUCUAUAUCCCUUAGUGUACCGAUUUCUGCAAAUAUUCCCUGCAUCCUGCCAGGAACUCCUGAGAUAUGCUAUAAUGGUCAUCUGUUGCUCCCUUAGCAACUUAGAAAUGAUAGAUAUUUUUUAAUAGCUCUAUUGAGGUAUAAUUCAAAUUCCAUGCAAUUCACUCAUUUAAAACAUACAAUUCAACAGAUUUUAGUAUACUCACAGAAUUGUACACCUAUUACCAUAGUCAAAUUUAGAACACACACAUGUUAUUUUACACGGGAAAAAUCUUUAGUAAACCAAGACUAUAGUGUUUUGCGCAAGCUUUUAGGGGAGGGAGAGUGGGCUCAGGAGAUAAAAUAUUAAAUUCCAUUUAGUUACCUAGAGUCCAAGAAUACACAUGUAACUCUUAUCAUGUAGAUGUCACUUGUAUUUGGCUGAGAGUACAAAUGAAGACUGGUGUAUUAAAGGACCAGGGGAUUUCUUAUGCCAACAAAACUUUUUUUUUUUUUUUGGUCUCACUCUACGUUGAA